GGCUCCCCACUGCCGCAGGACAGAGCCGGCGUUCCCUAGUCCCAACCUGGCUCCGGCACGUAAUGGCCCAGCUCCUUUCACUCCUCUGUGCCUUUGCAGACUGGUCUCCCUGCUGUCACACCCCUCCUCUCCGGUGGUACUGCCCCACCCCCCUGCUCUUUGUAGAAGCCCAGCCCAGAGCACAGGGGUCAAUAUCUGACCCAGGGCGUGGACUGCCGCACCCCUUCCUUCAGCUGUUUCCCAAACCUCACUCCGGCUGCAGUCAACUCCCAACCUGCAUUUCAUAUCUUCCUCUCUGCUUUGUUACCACCUAGCAUAUUCCAUGUCUUAUCUAAUGUCUUACUUAUCUAAUGUCUUUCUCCCCCACGAGAAUGUUGGCUGCAUGGGGGCGGGGAGGGGGGGUUAUUCUGUUCAGGUCUCUGUGUCCCCUAUGUCUCCAGUGCCCAGGCCUGGCUUGACACACUGCACAUGCUCAGCAAGGGUUUGUCUAAUGAAGGAGCUGACUGGCAUCCAAUGGGAGCACGGGGCUCGACUGCCUAGGAACCAGCCCUCUGCCUUGCCCUUUGCAGCCUUCUCUCCCGUGAGGCUUGAAGCUGGGCACCCUGGGGGCCAUGCAGAAGGCUGGGGCAAGGGGCCGGAGGGCCUCUGACUGCGGCCCUGCCCCUCACCGACCCAGGUGCAUCACCAAGUUUGCCCAGCAGUACGUGGGUUCCUUCUCCGUGGAUGACCUGGACACCCAGGAGGGCGUGUGGCUGGUGCAACAGCAGCUGUGGGCACUGAAGGACUGUCCCCGACGCCGGGCCGUCAUCCUGAAAUUCAGCCUCCAGGGCCUCAAGAUCUACAGCGGGGAGGGUGAGGUGCUCCUGAUGGCACACGCCCUGAGGCGAAUACUCUACUCCACCUGGUGCCCAGACGACUGCCAGUUUGCCUUUGUGGCCCGAAACCCACGGAGCCCGGCCAGCAAGCUCUUCUGUCACCUUUUUGUGGGCAGACAGCCUGGAGAGGUCCAGAUCCUGCACCUGCUGCUCUGCCGCUCCUUCCAGCUCGCUUACCUCUCGCAGCACCCUGCGGAGCGGGCACAGCCUGAGCCCUGCCUGGGGCCCGCAGGGGAUGUGCCCCUGAAGCCACUGGCCAGCCCUGGGAGGCCCCCUGGCCUAGUCCGGGAGCCCUUCGUCCGUGAUCAGCUCUCACAGAACGUGCGUGCACUGGUCUCCUUCCGGCGGCUGUCAGCAGAGGGGCCCGUGGGCAGUGGGAAGGAGCUGCUGGGGUUGGAAGGCUGUGGGAGUGCCCGCCAUUCCCGCCUGGGGAAUCCCUACUGCUCCCCGACCCUGGUGCGCAAGAAGGCCAUCCGCAGCAAGGUGAUCCGCUCCGGGGCCUACCGCGGCUGCACCUACGAGACCCAGCUGCAGUUGUCGGCCCGGGAGGCCUUUCCUGGCGCGUGGGAGGCGUGGCCGCAAGGUCCUGGUGGCCUCGCGAGCCUGGUGGAAAGUGAGGGCAGCCUGACCGAGAACAUCUGGGCCUUUGCUGGCAUCUCCAGGCCCAGUGCCCUCGCCCUGCUCCGGAGAGACGUGCUUGGGGCCUUCCUGCUGUGGCCCGAGCCGGGCGCCUGCGGCCAGUGGUGCCUGUCCGUGCGGACACAGUGCGGCGUGGUGCCCCACCAAGUCUUCCGGAACCACCUGGGCCGCUACAGCGUGGAGCACCUGCCCGCCGAGUUCUCCAGCCUGGAGGCCCUGGUAGAGCACCACGCCGGGACUGCGCGCAGCCUCUUCUGCUCGCUCGACAUGGGCCGCCUGAACCCCGGCUACGAGGAGCAGGACUGUGGGCCCGAGAGCAGGCCUCCCCGGACACUCCGGCCCCUUAGCCAUGCCAAGUCCGAGGCAGAACUGCAGGGCCUGGGCUAGGAGGCCGGGCCCCACACCAACAGGCCUGGCCUCCCCUGGGUCCCUGGGCCUCAGCAGGCCACUCUGCCCUUCUUCCACCCCCCUGGUCAGUUCCAUCCAGUCACUCAGCCCCUUGGACCAGCCUUCUAUCACUUCGCUGACUGUGGCGGAGCCUGAGAUUGGGGAUUCUCCCUCUACAUGUGGCCCCUUGAGACUGCAGGGUGGGUAGCAGAUCUCCAGGCUUCCGUGAACUUGCUGGGUGGCUUGGGUGCUUGUCCUCUGGGCUUCACGGGAGCUUUCUGGGGA